AUGCAGGGCCUGCUGCGCUCGGCAUUGGUGGCAGCAGCGGUGCCUGAAGAUUUGCUGAAUUCCGCACGUGCCAGUGUGGUUUGCCGGCUGGCAUAUAAGCAGCCAGAUUGGGUAAAGUGGGGCCUGGCUGUGCGGAAGGAUCCUGCAGCCUGGCUGGGACAGGCCAGCAUGCCAGUCCUGCUACGGCCCGAGGCACCGGUCCUGUUGUGCAGCAUGAACUGGUCGGAUACGGAUGACCUGCGCAGCCGAAUGGUUUUGCAUUGGUCACUGAAAGAGGAGAGCAACAAGUGGCUUGUGCGCGCUGGAUCCGCCGUCUGGCAAUACCGCUGGCGCUGGCAAAGCCACAAUCCUGCCCCAUGGGCAUUCAGUCCCAUGAUGAGCAUUGAUGCCAAUGAGUGGGGCAAUUACUGUUCUUCUCCCCUAUUUGGCGAGUGGACGCCUGAGACCAGCGGGAGUUUGGAAGUAUCCGUGAGGUACAGAGCGGAGGCAUCGGUUGCGAGCGAUUGGAGCGAUUGGAGUGCCGUUGCGGCGGCAGUUCUCGGAUCGGCGGCGCCGCAGCCGCAGCGCCUUGCGGUGGACCCGGUGGACCCGGACCCGGGUGAAGAUCCCGACCCGCGCAGGGCGUGCCUCACAUGGACCACUGGGACCACUGGGACGACUGGGACUGAGCGACGAGUUGAGCAACGAGUUCUGCUGGAGGCCGAGGGCCAGCGGCGCUUGGUGGCAUGGCGCGGUGAGGAAUCCCGGGCGAUGCUGUGCAGCUUGCGGCCGGGCUGCUCGUACACGGUGCGCGUGGAGUCGCGAUACCUCGGUGCUGCGUGGGCGGGCGCGGAGUACGCAUUUCAGACGCCAUGGGCAUGGCGUGACGGGGAGAGCCAUGUGCAGGCCUUGGAGGCGGCCUGCACGAUAGCGGCAGAGGUGGAGACCUGCAAGCCGACGCUUUGGUCGGCCCGUGGCACCAGGUACAUCAUCCGGCGGCGUGCCGAGCGCGCAGAGUCGCGGUGCCUGACUUUGGCCACAGGAAACUGGGGGCUGGCUCCUGUUCAAGUGUCUGCCCGGACGGCAAGGAAUGUUUCAUUCAAGAGGCUGCAGAUCUUGGUGGACCCGCGCGUGAAGGGCAGCACCUUGUACGGCCUGCAGUGGCGGCCCUUAUCCGGCUCUUGGCGAGCUGCGCGGUUGCAGUGCGACAGACAGGACCCAGGGUCGGAUUUGAUUGAGGCGGAGUGGAACAUGGGUAUCCACGAUAUUCCCGAGCAAGUGCAGCUGCGCCUGGUUUUGCAGGAGCCUGUAGCCAAAGUGCUUCUGCCACAGCACUACUGGCUGUCAGAACCCUCCCUCCCCAUCAGCACGGGCUUCCACACUCCAGCGGCAGUGACGCCCAAACUGGUUUGGCGGGGUGAGCUCUUCAUCCACGUGGAUUCAAGCGGGUUGCCAUCCCUUGCAACCCAGUGCCAGAUCAAGUUCCGGGAGGUCCAGAACUCAGAGCCGAGCUUCACCGCCGAGCCGCAGCAGCUGGGGACUGGCACGACUGGCAUGUUGCUGCCGUUGUUGUCCCUAGCCCUGAAAACCAACUUCCGGUACUCGGCGGCCUUGCGCGUGGGAGACGGCGUCAUGUGGUCGCAGUGGGGCGACUUUGGGGAGUCCGUUUCCAUCUCCCUGCCCGAGGUGUGGUCUGUUGACCGGGAGCUGGUGGCAUCCGAGCCGGUGAAUCGCAGGGUGAAGCUGGACUGGGCCCAGCUCCACUGCGCUUUGGGGCCGGUGCCACUGGAAUGCGUGGUGUGCCUGGCGACUGAGGCGCCUGAGGCGUCCGAGAAGCUAGUGGGCAUGUGCAGCUGCCAGGCGGCCGGGCUGGGCUGCACCUUCCGGGACCGCCUCGAGGUGGCCAUCAACGGCUUCGAGCCAGGGACCAGAUACCAGUUCGUUCUGCACGCCCGUGCCCAACUCCCACUCAAAAUUGAAAGUGCCGAAAGCCUCCUGCAGUUGGGAUUCAAGGAGGUGGCUCGAUCUCCGCGCUUUCAGUGGCCCACAAGGCUGUCUGAGGAGUGGUCCCUCAUGGUGGACUGGUCCCUGCCUAUACCACGGCAAGUGCUGAUACCUGAUGACGGAGAGCUCGAAGAAAGCAGCCAGCGUUGGCUGGGUAGGGCCGUGCUGCUGGCUUGGCCCCGCGAAGAAGCCAAACUGCUGCUGGAGAUGCGAGAGGACAGCCAGCGCACGCACCAGGUCUUUGGGUGGAAGGAGUGGCCAUGGGUGCGGAUCAGGCUGCAGGGUGUGGACUACGUGGCUGCCUGCGACCUGCCGUGCGACGUGGUGCGCUUCCGGUGGUGUGGCAACGGCACACCCAACGGCACACCCGGGCCCUGCAGCGACGGCUGCACCGCACAUCUGGCGGCGCCCGCGGUGUCCGCGGAGCUCUCGCUGCGGGAGAAGCUGAGCGUGGAGCUGAGGGCGGAGGCGAGAGGCGAGAGAGGCGACGUGGGCGUGCGGGCCCGGUACCGUCCGGUUCCCGGACACGGCUCGGGGUGGCGGGUCCUGCUCCCCCAGGCGUCGAGGACCUACGUGCUGGGCCAGGAGGAUGGACUGCAGCCAGGCAGAACCUACGUCUUUGCUAUGCAGCUGAUGGCCCGUGGCCGGCGCUCCCAGUGGUCCGAGACCGCGCCGCUGGCACUGCAGCUGCCACUGGGCCUGGAACUUGACGCCAAGCUCACGGUGGUCGCCAGACGCACGACGUCUGUGACGGUGUCCUGGCCAGAGCUGAGCUCCCUCCCAGAUCAGUCACAGGUGGAGUUCAGGUUGGACAUCCACAGGGUUAUGGAUGCAACAUCGGAGCACCAGACCUCCGUCCUUUUGGAAGGCGCAGAUGGCAAGCCUCCACCCUGUGAGGCAACAGUCUUCAAUCUCUGCCCAGCAGCGGAGUAUUCAGCGGAGCUGUUUCUUCGGUGUGUUCGCCUUGGAUCCCGAAGGUGGCUCACCACUGGCCUUUGCUCUCACUUCAUAACCCCCGAGGAGAGGUGA